CACUCUCCCCGCCCCAAUGCGGAAGCGGCGGGUGGGUCCGGGCCAUGGGGCAGCCCCGGGCGGUGGGGAGCGCGGACGGGCCGCCCACGCGGCUGCCCCUCGUGCUCACCGCGCUGUGGGCGACGGCGGUGGGCCUGGAGCUGGCCUACGUGCUGGUGCUGGGCCCCGGGCCGCCCCCGCUGGGACCCCUGGCCCGGGCCUUCCAGCUGGCGCUGGCCGCCUUCCAGCUGCUUAACCUGCUGGGCAACGUGGGGCUCUUCCUGUGUUCGGACCCCAGCAUCCGGGGCGUGAUGCUGGCCGGCCGCGGGCUAGGCCGGGGCUGGGCUUACUGUUACCAGUGCCAGAGCCAGGUGCCGCCCCGCAGCGGGCACUGCUCCGCCUGCCGCGUCUGCAUCCUGCGCCGGGACCACCACUGCCGCCUGCUGGGCCGCUGUGUGGGCUUCCACAACUACCGGCCCUUCCUGUGCCUGCUGCUCCACGGCGCCGGCGCCCUGCUGCACGUCUCCGUGCUGCUGGGCCCCGCCCUGGCCGCCCUGCUGCGCGCCCACCCGCCCCUCCACACCGCGGCCCUCCUCCUGCUGCCCUGGCUCAUGCUGCUCACAGGCAGAGUGUCCCUGGCGCAGUUCGCGCUGGCCUUCGUGACCGACACGUGUGUGGCGGGCGCCCUGUUCUGCGGGGCGGGGCUGCUCUUCCACGGCAUGCUGCUGCUCCGGGGCCAGACCACCUGGGAGUGGGCGCGGGGCCAGCACGCUUACGACCUGGGCCCCUGCCACAACCUGCAGGCGGCCCUGGGGCCCCGCUGGGUCCUGGUCUGGCUCUGGCCCUUCCUGGCCUCCCCGCUGCCAGGGGACGGGAUCACCUUCCAGACCACAGCUGACGUGGGGGUCGUGGCUUCCUGACUCCAGGGAGAGCCAGAGCCGUGCGGGGAGGGAGGGAGGGAGGGAGGAGGGGAGAAGGGACUCAUAAGCCAUUUCAGGCCCACGCCCGGCUCAGGUCGAGGGGCGGGCUGGGACUUCAUGUCUGCUUCCAGCAGCUCCAGCCCCAUCCUUGGCCUUGCCCCUGCCCAGCGUGGACUCAGUAUCCAGGGCUUGGGCCCUGUGCAUCUGCCUCUAUCAGUGGCCCCGAGUGCAGUGGAGGGUCUGGCAAGGGGCUCUUGGCCAACCUCUGCCCCUUUGCCAGAUGAAUAAAGCACCCACUUGACUCCCGGAUUCCCUCCGCUGUGGGUUUCUGGUCCCUCCCUGCGGCCCGGCUGCUGUUUCAGGUUCCUUUGCUGGUCACGGCUGGGAGCAUGGAACACCUGGGAGCCGGGCGCUGCCUCUGGCCGGGUGGGAUGGGGUGGGAGCACCAGCUGGCAGGUAUUGAGCCAGGGCAUGAUCAGCAUCUACGAUUCUAUUGUGUUUUUCCCUCAACCAAGAAUAUUUUCCUAUUGAUUUUUAGAGACAGUGGGAGACAGACAAACACUGAUGUGAGACACAUCGAUUGGUUGCCUAGGAGCCUGCAACUGAGGUUCUUGCCCUUGGCCAGGAUCAGACCUAGGACCCUUCAGUCCGUACACAGACUGAUGCUCUAUCCACUGAGCCAAACCGGUUAGGGUCCAUCUAAAAUUCUUUCCCAGGUUCAUUGCUUAGAGUUAGAAGCAUUCCCACAUUCACAUUUCACGGAACCUCUAGCUCACCUGGUACUCUGAGCGGCAGUUAUGUAGGUAGGAAACCUAAGGCUCAGAACUGAUGGGAUAGGAUAAGUCCAUGGGGUAGUAAAUGGGAGUCGGGAUUUGAACCCAGCUUUCUCCUUCAAGCAUCUGUGGCAGGUGGUGCUGACAGGGCUGUGCUCUUCUUGGGCCUGGUUGGGGGCUACUUAAUCUUUUUGUUUGCAUCUAGUAACUAGUUAAAUGUGGCAGGUUUUCAGCACAUAAAUGUACCUGUUUCCUCUUAAAAUCUGAAAUGAUAGUAAAGAAAUAAAAAAUA